AUGAUGUUGGGCGAGGAGUCUACCAGUGCUGAUUACUGGAAGAAGUGUGGUGACGAAGCUUUGGCACAUGGGAUCAAGGGUGUGGUCAUGAUGGUGACACAUUGGGACGCUCGAGGCGACAAAAUCAUGGUAUCAGCGAACCCCAAGCCAAACAAGAGUCCAGUGGCAUAUGUUCACCCCUCAAAAUACGUUGACUACGAACUCGUCCCGGACUUGCCUACAUCUGAUCGCGUGCUGGACUUGCUGCUCAAGGGAGGCUUCAACGCAGAGAAGGAUGCCACUUUCGACUGGAUCCACGACACAUUCCUGAUUUUAAUCAGGAUGUUCCCUAAUGGCUGUCCUCCUACCACAAUUGUCAGCAUGAACGCAUACUACGACCCUCACUACCACAUGAAAGUCGGAUCAACAUUGCGAUCGUUGAGAAAGGAGGGCUACCUGAUUGUUGGCACAGGAGACAACUUUGCCCAAGUUGCUCCGCCAGAGAAGUCUCUCCUGGAAUUCAGACAGGCUGUAGAAGAUGUCAUGACACAAAAUCAAGGCCCUGCUCUGCGUAGAGCCAUGACCCGCUUGAUGAAGCACUACCAUUACCGCGAAGCUCACGGCACAGAUGAUCACUUUAUGGCAGCAUGUUUCUGUGCUGGUGCUGCAGGUGACUGGGAAGACAUGGAAGAGCAGGGUGGUGUCUUGGGUGCAGAGACAUGGGAACUACAGAAUAUGUGCAACUCACAGUUCACAAUCGGAAAUUGGCAAGGAAGCAGAAGCGUACGCGCUGCCGCCUGA